AUGUCGGGCAGUACAGGUAAAGUUGCGUGUUCGUUGGGUACGAGUCUGUCCUCGCGUCAGCUUGUGGCUGGGGUGAAGCAGCUCAUCCCCGCUCUUUCGUCGGCACGGCACAAGGGUCAAGCAGGGCGCAUUGGGAUUGUUGGUGGGUCGCGCGACUACACGGGUGCGCCUUUCUUCGCCAGCAUGUCUUCCAUGCGUCUUGGUAGCGACCUAUGCUACACCAUCUGCACUCCUGACGCGGGCAGUGUGAUUAAAACCUACAGCCCGGACCUUAUCGUCAAUCGCAUUCUCAACCCCGACGUUCCCUUUGCUGAGGUCGAACGCCAAGUCGAUGCGUUGUUCGCGCGGCUCCACGCGGUUGUUAUCGGUCCUGGACUGGGAAGGGACGAGUUCAUGCAAAGCUGCGCGAGGCUAUGCAUCCAGCUGGCGAGGAAGAGGGAUAUGUACAUCGUGCUGGAUGCGGAUGCACUUUGGCUGGUCCAAAACGAACCCGAUGUCAUCGCAGGGUAUAGCAAGGCAGUACUCACGCCCAACAAGGCCGAAUUCGCCCGACUCUGCACCACACUCGGUGUAGAUGCAGAACAAGACCCCGACACUGCAGCCCGCCAACUCGCCAACGCUCUCAAGGGUCCAACGAUCCUCCAGAAGGGUGGCAUUGAUCGAAUCACGAAUGGAACGGAGGAGGCGCAUGUUGAUGCAGAGGGGUCGUUGAAGCGGUGUGGUGGGCAGGGUGAUAUCCUGGCCGGCUGUUUGGGCACGUUUGCUGGCUGGGCAGCGAUCUAUGCGCAGGAGCACUCGCCGCGCUCCACUGCAUCGUCAGCCGGCGAGCUGGCGCAGGAUAACCUGUUGCUGUACGCAGGAUAUGGGGCUGCACUUACCGCGCGUGCAUGCAGUCGGCGGGCAUUCGAAAAGCACCGCCGUGCCAUGCUCGCCCACGACCUGCUCGUCGAGGUCGGCCCCGCUGCGGUAGGCGGUGGCGAGAGCGACUUGAGACACGACUCGAGCGCGGGUACCCUGUCCGCCGAGGUCUGGCAGGUGGUGAGGCCUUCGCUGAACGUGACGGGGAAGACGGCACAGCACGACCCUGUCGAGGUGCCGUUGAUGCUGCAUCCGGGAUACUUGGGCGCACUGAUCGCCAUGACGAGCAACGUUGGUGGUGCAAAGAAAGGGACUGCUGUGCCAGAUUUUGUCGAAAGAGGCGAGGCUUCGGAGAGACUGCACGACACACUGGCCAUUCCCACGUCAAGCUUUGAAGCAAAAUUGCUUCGGCUGCUCCGCGUCCGAGCCAAAAGUCGACGGUCGAGGAUGCGGAGGACCCUCGCCGGCGUAAAAGUGGAUUUGGCAAUUCGCUCGCCCAGCGCACUGCGCACUGCGCACGCGCCCACACCCGCAAAACCCUCGGCCUUAACUGCACGGCCGCCGCGCCGAGCUGCCUUGGCCCACAAAGCCAGACCCGCGUCUCGCGAGACCAUCAUCCUUCCGCCGCAUCCGCGCAUGGCCCUCGACGCACACGCCAGCAUGGACGCCGCCGACGCCAAACCCACCACAAAGAGGGUAUCCUACGUUCUGCCGCCUUGUCGUAGCCCACCUGCUACCUUCGGCCUCCCGCCGUUGGGAGCCCCGCGCGGCUUCAACACCGGUCCCCUCCUCAUCCCGCGCGAGCGCAACCAGCCGCCGCCGCCGCCGCGGAAUGGAACCCAGCCGGCUUCGUCCACCUCUUCGCUGCCGUCCCUCUCGGCGGCUUCGUCGUCGAGCCGCUCAACCCAGUCCAACGCGCCGCUCACUCGCCAUCCACAGCACUCGCUCGCCGUCUCCUCGCUCGCCAUCGACACCACCACAUGCAUAGCACCCAGCUCCGAUGACGACAUCGACUCGGAUGACGACGACAUCGACGUCAACAAUGAUAGCGACCACGAUCAGGCUUCCCGUCAUCACUCUGUGCCGCCAGGCAUCCUCUACACCGGCGGCCGCGACGGCCUGGUCGGAGCUUGGGAGCUCGGCCUGCCCAUGCGCAAACGCAGCGCGCAGCGUAUACACCCGCACGAGGCGCACGACGACGAAUCCAUCGGCCUCCUAGCUGGCACUUCGGCGCUGCCCGGCCACGCCGAUGCCGAUAUCGACACGCUCGCAUACUGGCAGGCGGAUCCGCUGCGAGCCCAUCGCGCACGCCGCACCCGCUUCCGCCAGUGCGUCCAGUCGCACACCGACUGGAUCAACGACAUUAUCCUGUGCAACCGCGACCAGACGCUCAUCUCGGCCUCCUCCGACCGCACCGUCAAGGUGUGGAAUCCGCACGACCCCACCCACAGCCUCAGCCCGCACGUGCUCGGCACCCACAAGGACUACGUCAAGGCGCUGGCACACGCUUCCGAGUCCGGCUACGUCGCCAGCGGCGGAUUCGACAAGUGCAUCAAGCUCUGGGACAUUCGCGAGGCCAGAGCCGCACCCAUGCUCGAGCUCGACGAACGCGCGGUCAAGAGCUCCGUCUAUGCGCUCAGCGUCAACCCGAGCGGCGCGGUCAUCGCCGCAGGCUCCCCGGAGCACCACGUCAAGGUGUGGGAUCCACGCAGCGGCAAAAAGUGCGCAGAGCUCGUGGGACAUACGGACAACGUGCGCACCGUGCUCGUCAGCGAGGACGGCCGCUUCCUGCUCUCGGGCUCGGCCGACUCGACCGUGCGUCUGUGGUCGCUUGGCGAACAGCGCUGUCUGCACACCUUCACCCACCACGCCGACUCGGUGUGGUCGCUCUUCUCGGACCAUCCCACGCUCGACGUCUUCUACUCGGGCGACCGCCAGGGCUACGUGUGCAAGGUCGACUGGGAACGCUGCGCCGAGGUCUCCGAGGGCGAGUGCGUCGUGCUGUGCCAGGAGCGCGAUGCCGCCGCCGACGAUGAGCUCGAAGACAGCCUCGAUGGAGACCACGACUCGUAUAGCCAUCCCGACCUGCACAGGCGCGUCGCCAAGGCGGGCAUCCAGAAGAUCAUCGCGCUCGACGACACCUACUUCUGGACCGCCACGGGCAACACCAGCGUCAACAGGUGGAGAGACGUGCCGAGGCGCGCAGAGAGGGAAGCCAUCUAUCCGAUCGGAGGCCCGCAUACGCGCUCGCGCGAGCUGCUGCACCGCAACUCGUUCGGCAGCCCCAGCAUGCAUCGAGCCAGCGUCGAGACCGGGCGCUCGCCCGAGUCGCUGCAACUCGCACACCAGCCCUCGGUGACGUUUGCCGAGCCCGACAUUGCGGCGAACCACCGCGCACAGGCGGCGAGCCACGCCGCAGAGGCCUCGGCGACGUUCUCGGCGCUCCAGACGGGCAUGGGCUUGCCGCCUGCCGACGUGCCGCUGGCGGCCACCAUGCACGGCAUUCCCUUCGACAGCCUCCUGAGUCUUGCGCCCAUCAGCGAUCCGUACGGCGACAAGAUCGGGCUCGGCAGCGUGAGUAUGCGCGACCCGCGCGCGCACGCCGACGACUCGAUGCUCGCCAGUGGCCCGCUCAGGUCCAUCGCCAGCCGCGUCUCGAUGGAUCAGUCGAGCAUCAUGGUUGCGUCGGCCGCGCGGUCGCCUGUGGCGGCGCCGUUCAACAACCAGCUGGCCAACGUGCAGGCGAUGGACAUGCCUAAUCGACCCGCGAGCACGCGCUCGGCGAGUCUGCGCUUCGCGCCCACCGAUCAGACGUUCGAGCCCGAGGGUCUGGGCAAGUCGUGGGAGAGCGGCUCCGAGACCGACGCUUCCGCGGGCGCAGGGCAGGCAGGUAAGCUUCGCUUCCGCCAGCGACCGGCGGGUGGAGCGGUGGGCGGCAUCGAUGAGGAUGCCGACGACGACGACGACCAGGCGUACCAGGCGCGGCUGGCGUUCGAGGACCGCGAGCUGGCCGAGGAGGCACGUGCGCUACGCCGCCGACCGGAUGCGGUGAUCCGGGGCUCGCACGGCCUCAUCCGCUCGUCCAUGCUCAACGACCGGCGCCACGUGAUCACGAUCGACAGCACGGGCGCCGUGAUGCUGUGGGACAUCAUCAAGGGCGUGUGUCUGGGCGACUUUGACCGCGACGAGGUGGAGCGUGCGGCGCUCGAGUCCAACCUGAUCCCCUACACUUUUCUGCGCAAGUGGCGGCCCGAACAGACGCCCGGCGACACGCUCGAGGUGGUCAAGGAGCGCAUCGAGGGCCAGGGCGUCACGCCGCUCUGGUGCUCGGCAGAGACGCGCGGCGGCGCACUCACCGUGCACGUCGAGGAGCCGCGCUGCUUCGAGGCCGAGUUCUAUGUCGACGAGUUCAAGGACUGCCUCGAUCCGAGCUUCUUCAAGGAGGACCAGCGCGGGCAGGUCGCGCGCUGGCUGCUGCGCAAUCUCUUCGCCGGGUUUGUCGAGGCAGAGAGUACGAUGCGCAAUGCGGCGCGCAGCGAUAAUGUCCUGCCCGAGACGCCCGCGUGGGACCGCAUCGCGAGGGUGCAUAGGAGCGGGCCAUUCACGCCGGGCAUGACCAUGGGGCUCGCAACGCCUGCCAAGACGCCCGCGCUGCCAUCGCAUCCGUCCAAUCCGCUCUUCCUCGGGCUGACGCCCGGCGACCGCACCGCGCUGCCCACCGCCUCGACGCUGCAAGGCGCGUCGGACUACUUUUCCGCCCAGGGCUCCAACCCAGCGGGCGCGGCGGCAUCGGCGGCGCGUGUGCCGCAGACGCCAGGCACGCGGUCCGACGAGGCCGCCAACGGCCAGCCCGUCACGCCGGGUGUGGGCGUGGGAGCGGCCAACGGCAACGGCACGGGUGGCGGGAGCGGCUUCAUGAACAAGUUCCGGUUCGGCAAGAAGCAGGCGGACAAGGCGGAUGCGGGCGUGGACUCGGCGGACGAGGCGAAAAAGAAGGCGGCCGAGGCGGCGGCGGAAGCGAGCGACGAGUCGCAGCGCGUCGUGACGCACGCACAGCGUCUCGACGAGCUGUUCAGCAAGGCGCUCACGCCGGCGUCGCUCGACGAGAUGCCGCGGCUGCCGCUGCCGCCCGAUACGGCGGUGAUCAUCUCGCAGUCGUCGGCCGACGCCGGUUCGUGGGAGGCCGUCUACCGCGGCCUAGUGAGCUGUACGGGCGACGACGCCGAGGUGCUCGAACGCACCGCGCCGCUCUGGCUGCUCGAGUGCCUGCUGAACAAUGGCGUGGUGGCGCGCGAGCCGGUCAAGCUCAGCUUUACGCUCACGCCCUGGCGGCCUGCGGGCGCGGACGGGUUUGGCGGGUACGGGCUGGGCGUGGAGCAGCCGAUGCCCGAGAUGCCCACGGGCAAUGCGCGGUUGACGGCAACGCGCUGCCUGCGCGUCAAGAAGGCGUGCUCGUACGUGGCUGAGAAGCUCGAGUUGGGCAGCCCGCGCAGCCGGACCGCCAGCAUCAAUGCGAGCACGCGCUCGAGCGUCGAUGCGGCCGCGGGCCCUGGGCUGGGCAUGACCAAGAACGCCGAUGCACAAGGUGUGCAGCACAACGCCGCUGUGGGCGCAGAGCUGGCUCCGCACGAGAUGAUCGAGAUCCUGUGCAACGAUGUCGUGCUGCCCGUCGACGUGACGCUGGCCCAGUGCCAGAGGUUCUAUUGGCGCGCAGGCGGAGAUAUCAAGCUCGAGUACAGGAGCAAGCGAAGCGAGUAG